CACCUUCCAACCCAGAGCUCCAAAAUGCAAUCAUUUCGCUGGUAAAAGGGUGUGGUCUUGCAUUAAAAUGGGAGGUUCAACAACAAACUCUGACCAGAAUGGAAACGUAAGUAAAAUGAAAUAAGGAUGCUUGCCAUAAUACUUUGUUACUCACCCCCUUUAUUCAACCUUCUACAAAUGAUUUCAAGACUUGCAUGAAUUUCUUGUUGAACAGAUGGGUCAUAAGAACCUAUCGCGUGCCGUAUUUCGACCAGUUCAAGACUAUUUAAUCCAUAUUCCGCUCAUUAUCAGAAAACAAGGUCCUCUACGUGCUUACUCUAUAAGAACCAUGGAGCGUACUAUAAGAAAAUAUUCCAAACUGAUCAGAUCUAAUAGACAAAGUGAAAAAAACUCUAGUAAUAUCUUCGAAAAAAUUGCACUUCCGGCUUGUGUUGGGAGGGUUAUAGAUGAGUGCGUCUUAAAUUUAAUCACAACAGGACCGUAUGAUGGUGAAUCAAGCUUUGUUGAUAGCCCAGACGAUACUGAGGGAAGUCAAUUGUGGGAGCCUUUUUGACCAGUCGAGUUAUUGUGAAUUUGUUGAUGGAAGGUGUUCAAUAAGAGGUGAUCAUGAAGUCUUUAGACAAAUACUACCGACACCCGCUUUCUGAUCUACUGUUCACACUAGACAAUUAUACGAUUACAAUGACUGCACGCAUGUGGAAGGGAUCAGCUGUAUACGUGACUCAAAUUUACAGAUGGUAUACAAAAAAAGUGUCGCGUGGAAACCAGUAUGUCAUGUUCUACAGUCUAUAUCAGAAGUUACGAAAGGUGACGAAUCAAU